AUGAAGUUCCUCACUGAGAGAAAAACGAACAAAAUCACCAAAUAUUCUGCAAAAAUUAAACGCCUCGAAGAUGUUCCAAUGCUGUGGUUCAAUGUGCGAAUUUUGAAAUUCUGGUCGGUGCUUAUCGACAAUAAUUGGCGUCAGUACUUUUCCUAUAUACCGUUUUUCUUUUUGAAUAUCUUUCAAAUACUGGAUUUGUAUUAUACGGAAAAGGAAAUUAAUGAUAAGAUACACGAUACCUAUAUGACAAUGAUAAUUUUCAAUACAUUUCUGAGAGCCAUUGUAAUGGUGACAAAUCGAAGGAAAUUUUCCGAAUCUUUGGAGUACAUGAAGGAUUUGUACGCGGAGCUAAUAAUGGAAUAUGAUUUCGAAAUACGACAAAUAAUACGAAAAUAUUCGGAUAUGGUGUUGAAAGUAUCAAAAAUUAAUCUCACAAUGGGCAUUUUGACGGGCGUGGGAUUUUCCAUGUUUCCCAUAAUGGCCGAGGAGAGAGAAUUUAUUUUCGGCAUAUAUGUACCCUAUCUGGACGAGUAUCAAACUCCUUGGUAUGAAAUAUUGCUGGCCGUGCAAAAUGUCUUAAAUCUUUCGGGGAUGUGUACGUUUAUACCAUUUGCAGGAAUGUUCGUCUCAUUUCUGGUCUUUGCCAUGGCCAUAUCAAAGGUGUUGCAAUAUAAACUAAGUAAAUUGUCCACAGAGAUCUCUUCAAAAUUGGUUGAGGCACAAAUUAUCGAAUGCAUAAAAUUGCAUCUGAAGCUUAUUAGUUUCAUAGAUAAAGUCAAUGAAUUGUGCUCCGUAAUAUCGCUGGUGGACUGUAUACUAUUUGUUGUUAUACUGUGCAUUAUGUUGCUAUCAUUUAUAUUGGUUAAAACUGUUAUACAAAAUGUGUCAUAG